AGCUUCAGCUCCAGCAUGAGUGCCCUGUCUUCCAGCAUUGGCCUUUGCAUGUUCCUGUGUGCAUUGGCCGCUGUGCAGGCUUCCAUCAUCGCUAGCCACAGCCAUCCCGAUGAGUUGAUCUCUAGUCCAGCUCAGUAUGAGUUUCAGUAUGCAGUCCAUGACAGCCACACUGGGGACAUAAAAGAUCAGUUCGAGCACCGUCGCGGCGACUAUGUGACGGGCCGUUACUCGCUGAUUGAGCCCGAUGGGCAUCGUCGCAUUGUGGACUACACCUCCGAUCCGCUGCUGGGCUUCAAUGCUCAGGUGCGCCGUGAGCCGAUUGGGAGCAUCUACCAACGCUACUGAAGCAGACAACGAAAAGGAUAUUCGCCGC